CCGGUGCAACGAUUAUGUUGAGCUUGUGCAGGAAGAAAUAAAAUAAAUAAUUGAAUUGAUAUUCUGCAGCGGAAAAGUCAAUACAUUCACACGCCUCCUUGCCUUUACUCCUUCAUCACUGUCCCGACGCUCUUGAUGGUUGCGCAACCAGAAGAGGUGACAACGGUCAACGGAACGACGACGAUUAAUGGGAAGCCUAUAAAAUCCAAAAACCAGCUUCGUCGGCUGAAGCAAAAGCAGAAAAAGACAGCUACAGCGACCAAUGAGCAACAGAACGGCAACGAAACGGAUAAAAAGGAGGAGGAACCAAAGAAUGUGGUAGCCAAUGUUGAGUACGUACCUGAGCCGUUGGACGAUACUGCCCUCGAAGCAUUCUCCGACGUCUUUGCGCGUUUCCAGCUACCACCUGAGGAAUCAUCAAAAAAGGAUCCUGAAAACACCAAGGGAGAAAUGAUCUAUUCCGACGACGACAUGCCUUCCGAAGGUGACUCGGACGCGGAACAGAAACCGUUGUCGAAGAAGAAGCAGCGAAAGAUGGCGCGUUUGACGGUAGCGGAACUCAAGCAACUGGUGAAGAAGCCUGAAGUUGUUGAAUGGACCGACGUUACAGCUGCCGACCCACGAUUGCUCCUCCAUCUCAAAAGUUACCGGAACACCAUUCCAAUCCCGAUACACUGGAGCGCCAAACGAGACUAUCUUCAGGGAAAGCGCGGUAUCGAAAAGCCACCAUUCCAGCUCCCUUCCUACAUCGCGGACACAGGUAUCGCUACCAUGCGAGACGCCGUCAAGGAGAAGGAAGCCAACAUGUCAUUAAAAGCCAAAACUCGAGAGCGGGUCCAGCCGAAGAUGGGUAAAGUGGACAUUGAUUAUCAGAAACUGCACGAUGCUUUUUUCAAGUUUCAGACGAAGCCGUUGGUUACUGGUUUCGGCGAAAUGUAUUACGAAGGCAAGGAAUUCGAGACGUCGUUGAAGGAGAAGCGGCCGGGAGAUUUGUCGCCUGAAUUGGUUGAAGCUCUCUCGAUUCCUCCGCUUGCUCCGCCACCAUGGCUCAUUAGCAUGCAAAGGUUCGGGCCUCCGCCUAGUUACCCUACGUUGCGCAUACCGGGUCUCAAUGCACCUAUACCUGAAGGGGCACAAUGGGGUUUCCACCCUGGUGGGUGGGGGAAGCCUCCACUCGAUGAAUACAACCGUCCCUUGUACGGUGAUGUUUUCGGCGUGCUUCCCAAGAUAUCGGAUACCAGUGGCGAGCCCAUCGACAAGGACCCUUGGGGUGAGCUUGAACCUGAGGAAGAGGAAGAAUCCGAAGAGAGCGAAGACGAAUCCGAGGAAGAGGAAGCAGAGCCCGCGCCUAUGGAUGGUCUUCAGACACCAUCAGGUACAGAAACGCCCUCGGGAAUGGCCAGUGUCGUGUCUACGAUUGCUGGUGGUCUGGAAACACCAGACUUCCUCGAGCUCCGCAAGAACUCUGGAAGAACGGUGUCGGAAGCUAUGGAAUCUGGACCAAGAUCUUUGUACCAAGUCGUUCCAGAGAAGCAGACUUCUGUCCGUGGGUUGAUGGGAAGUGAGCGUGGUUACGAUGUCAGCGCUGUCGCCAGCGCGCCUAUACCUGUCCUAGGUGACGAACGCGGAACAAAGCGCAAGGCAAACGGAGUUGACGUCUCCAUCGAUGCGGGCGAUCUGGAGAACAUGUCAGAGGAGGAACUGAGGAGGAAAUAUGAUGCUCAUUCACGCGGAAACGCCGGUGUUCCUGGUGCUGGAAGAGAAGAUUUCUCGGACAUGGUUGCCAAGGAGAUGGCGAAGAAAAAGCAGAAGAUGGAACGCGACCGUGACCGUGACCGGGACCGGGACCGGGACCGUGAUCGUGAUAGGGAUGGAAGAAAGGGCAAGGAGUACAAGUUUUAAUAUGAUUUCUGUUCUGGGCCGAAGUAGUAAUUACCCUGAUCAACGCCUCCGGUCCUGUUCAUUGUUCGCCACUUACCAUGGCUUUGGCGAUGCAAAGACAUUGGCAAAAAAAGACGGGUGAUUGCGGACAAUAAGAGGAAGGGUGGCUGGGACGGAUCGUGGAGCAAAUGUGCUUCUCGUUGUUUGUAUGUUGAGUGAAUGAGGACUGACUCUGUUCUAUUCUUUCUUUGUGUGAAAAAUUAUGAUCGCUUCUCCGGUGACACGCGGGACUGGAAUUCACAGAGUGACUGGGACCUAAAAAGGACCGACUGGCGUGUACUAAAUGUGGACGCAGUUCGAAUAAUGU